CGGGGCGCGGCGCCAUCGCUGUCAUGGCGGGCAGGGGGGCCGCCCGGGUCCCCGAGCGGUGGACAGACUACAUCCCCCUGGGCAGGAGGAUGCCAGGAACCCGCUUCAUUGCCUUCAAGGUGCCCCUGAAGAAGAGUUUUGACAGGAAUCUCCUUCCAGAGGAGAGGUUUUCCCCUCGUGACCUCAUCAGAAAAGUCAGGGAGAGGAAGGAGGAGCUGGGGCUGAUCAUCGACCUCACCUACACCAGGCGCUACUAUGGGCCAGAGGAGCUCCCAGCCACACUCUGCUACUCGAAGAUCCUGACCAUGGGCCACGAAAUCCCAAACAAACAGACCAUUUUCCAGUUCAAAUGUGUGGUAAAGAAGUUUCUGAAUGACAACAAAGACAAUGACAAACUCAUCGGGGUUCACUGCACCCAUGGCUUGAACAGGACUGGAUACCUGGUGUGCAGGUACCUGAUUGAUGUUGAAGGCAUGGAGCCAAACGCUGCCAUAGAGUUGUUCAACAAAUCCCGAGGGCAUCCCAUAGAGAGAACCAACUACAUCCAGGAUCUCAGGAACAGAGCUGGGAAAAAGAAGUGUGGACUGAAGAGUUUGGGCUCGGGCCCCUUCAGAGAAAAAAGCAGCGCCCCAGCAAACCCCAGAAAGCAGAUGGUCAAAGCCCACCCUCCUCGCUCAGCCCAGCCCCCCCUGGCAGUGCCCAGGAAUGCUGGCAGUGCCAAGAGGAAGCACCAGCCCAGCCCCACGGCCCUGGCACAGCCCCUGGAUUUGGGACACGGGCAGGAGGCCCCGGAGCAGAGGAGGAUGUGCAGCCUGGCCCCCAGGAACUGUUGGGUGUCACCCAAGGGACUCUCUUUCCCCCACCCCCAGAAUUCCCAGAACUCCCAGAAGGCCACACCCGCCAGGAAGCGCCGGCACCGGCGCAGGAAACACGUGGGGACGGAGCAGGGAAUGUCCUGACAGCGCCCAGGGAACGCUGUGCUCCCAGGGAAUGCUGUGCUCCCAGGGAAUGCUGUGCUCCCAGGGAACGCUGUGCUCCCAGGGAACGCUGUGC